CAGCGCCUAGGGCUGUGCGUCUGUCUGGGUGGUCUCCUUCUAAAUUCCCACUCGGCCAUCCUGCCCACCCCGGCGUGGACGAGGGGGCGCAACGGCGGACAGCCCCAGUCGUGGCGGGUCUCCGUGGCUCGUGCGGCGCGUCGUGACCGAUUGCCUCCGCGCAGCCCGCCCGCACCCCUUCGCAGCCCUGGAGCCGCCGUUCUCAGGACCUGCCGCCCUCCCUCCUCGCUGGCCGGGCCGCUCCAGGGCCGCCAGGACGCGGCCCCUCCCCUCCCGAGCGAGGGCUGUUCUUUGCAUCAGGCUCUCCCCCCCGGGGUAGGGAGGCGGGGGCAGAGACUGUCCCGGCCGGCGCUGAUCUCGAGCUCCGAUUGGCCGCUGUCUACGCUGACGUCACGAUCAUGAUGAGAAUUAAUGAUCGGAGGCGCUGAUUUCAUUGUGUGACGCCGGGACCGACCCAGCCGAAACCGGCUGAAUUCGGAGCCCUGAGCCCCCCCUGCCGGACCGGCCCCACCCGCCCCACAGAGCACGUGUCUGGAGGAAGAAAGAAAAAGCUCUAGGAAAGUAACAGUAUUAAUGAAUCUACGUUCUGUAUUUACUGCAGAACAACAAAGGAUAUUGCAGCGUUAUUAUGAAAAUGGAAUGACAAAUCAGAGUAAAAAUUGCUUUCAGCUCAUAUUACAGUGUGCACAAGAAACUAAGCUGGACUUCAGUGUAGUCAGGACCUGGGUUGGCAAUAAAAGAAGGAAGAUGAGCAGCAAGAACACUGUGAAUACUGGAGGUUCCCCAUCGGGGACUCUUGCCAGCACGCUGACCAUGCCUCCAGAGGUUGCGGUCCGAAAUAUGGUCAGCAUUGCUCGAUCCCAAAGCCAACAGUCAUCUUGGACAUCCUCCAACAAUGAUGUCAUUGUAACUGGUAUCUACAAUCCAGCUAGUUCAUCUGGCAGACUGGUGUCCAGUAAACAGACUAAUUCUUUGAGUGAUAUACAUAAAAACUCUCUUCAGAGGCCACCAGGAAAAAGUGAGCCUGAGUUUCAGCGGCAGCACAUUGCUGUGGCCCGCCAGGCGCCCCACUGCAAAAAUGCUUCACUCUUCCUGGGAGAAAAAACAAUUAUCCUGUCAAGGCAAACCAGUGUGUUGAAUUCAGCUAACUCCAUUUAUAACCAUACUAAGAAAAGCUAUGGUGGUUCUUCAGUUCAGACCGCAGAGUUGGUUUUACCUCAGAAGCCCGUCUUGUACCACAGACCAUGUAAAGUGGAGCAGGUGGGGUGCCAGAGACUACAGAAGCAAGAGCACCCAAUCCUCACCUCACACAUCCCCUCUGGACAAAGGGCUAACAUUCGCGAUCCUUCCUGUAGCACGCACAACUUGGAAAUCCGUGAGGUUUUUUCCUUGGCCGUUACUGAUCAACCUCAGAGAAUUCUGGGAGGAAAUGUGCAGAAAUCUUCUUCAGGAGAAGACAGUUGCUUGUCGAUUGCCAUGGAAACUGGGGACGUUGAUGAUGAAUAUGCUAGAGAAGAAGAGUUGGCAUCAAUGGGUGCCCAGAUACAAAACUACUCCAGACUCAGUGGUACAUCCUUCAGAGUCGAGAAUCCAGGGACAGGUUUAUCUGGGUCAGGCAAAAACGUCAGCUGCAGUUCACACGUAGUGAAUACUAGGGACUUGCAUGACAAUAUUCUGUAUCAUAACCGAGACUACCGCUUGCCUCCACGGACCUCAUUGCAUAAUACAUCCAGUGCACUGUAUAGCAGUUCUUGCCCCUCAAGAAGUAACCUGUCUUCUCAUUUUUCAGCAUCCAAUCAACUAAGGCUAUCUCAAAACCAAAAUAACUACCAGAUUUCAGGAAACCUUACUGUGCCUUGGAUUAUGGGGUGUUCCCGAAAAAGAGCGCUACAGGACCGUACACAAUUCAGUGACCGGGAUUUAGCUACCCUCAAGAAAUACUGGGACAAGGGCAUGACCAGCCUUGGUUCUGUUUGCAGAGAGAAAAUUGAAGCUGUCGCUGCAGAGUUAAAUGUUGACUGUGAAAUAGUACGGACUUGGAUUGGAAAUCGAAGGCGAAAAUAUCGUCUGAUGGGAAUUGAAGUUCCUCCUCCUCGGGGUGGCCCUGCUGACUUCUCCAGCCAAUUGGAUUCCAGCAGUAAAUCAAUGCCCAUUCCAGGAGAUGAUGCUUUGACUGACGUGGGAGAUGAUAAUGACAGGAAUGAUGAAGUAUCAAUCUGUUUAUCAGAAGGAAGUUCACAAGAAGAACACAGUGAAGUUCUUCAGAAUGAAGACCUUGGUCACAAAGAGGGGGGGCAGACUCCUGUAUCUGCCGAUAAUGUGAAAAUAGAAAUCAUAGAUGAUGAAGAAAGUGAUAUGAUAAGUAAUUCUGAAGUGGAUCAAAUGAAUUCUCUUCUGGACUACAAAAAUGAGGAAGUUAGGUUCAUUGAAAAUGAACUGGAGCAUCAGAAACAGAAAUACUUUGAACUUCAGGCUUUCACUAGGAGUUUGAUACUUGCUAUCAAAACAGAUGAUAAAGAACAGCAACAGGCACUUCUGGCAGACUUACCCCCAGAGUUAGAAGAGAUGGAUUUCAACCACGCAUCUCCAGAACCUGAUGAUACCUCAUUCAGCUUGUCAUCUUCAUCGGAGAAAAAUGCCUUGGACAGUUUGUGAUCUUUCUUUUGUCAAGGGAAACCACACAACUCAGUUUGCCUAACUGUGUGUGUUUUGAACUAAUUACAGUUUGUUAGCCAAUACCCUUAAAUUAUGAAAGGGGAAACAGGAGAGGGGGUGGAGGAAGGCAUAUGAACAUAGGAAGCUGCCUUUGACCGAGUCAGACCCUUGGUCCAUCUAGCUCAUUACUGUCUACACUGGCUGGCAGCCGCUCUCCAGGGUCUCAGGCAGAGGUCUUCCCCAGCCCUGCCUCGAGAUGCUGCCAGGGAUUGAACCGGAGACCUUCUGCAUGUGCUCUGCCAGUGAACUACAGCUGCACCCAGACUAGCAGUGUUGCAUAGUGGCUGUAGUUGAUGGUAGCUGCAAAUUGGGUACUUGACAAAUGUGAAAGCUACUUGAGAAAAAGGCAUUGCACUCUGAGCAGCUAUGCCUUGAUUAUGGUACCUUACACUAACCGUGUUAGUAACAAUGCCCUGGUCUGAGCAGGGUGUUAAAGAUGGAAGAAAACUAGCAGUUCAACAGUAUCUUCCUGUGUGGCCCACCAGUCCUGUUUAGUGUGACUUUUGCCUUCUCCCUUUCUUGCCCCUUUCUCAGGUAGGUGGACUAAUAAUCGGAAAUUAUGGGCUUGAAGAGAUCAGUGGGAAAAUGUGGGCCUUCAUUAAACUGAUGAUUCAAACCAGGGAUCAAGCUAAAGAAGUGUUCUUUUCUGUGUGUAACAGCAAAUUGUUGUAUCUUAUCUCCCUCACCUCAUCCAUCCCCAGAUGCCUGGGAAAUUAUCUGAAAACUAAACCUAUUCCAUAUUAAUUAAUGCCAAUAAAUUAUUUUAUGUAUAAUGCCAGAUGGAAAUUCUGAAAUCAAAAACUCUUCUUAGAAAUGUUCAGUUUGGGGGAGGAUAGUAACAGUUUUUCAAUCAAGUGGGGACUUGGCAUCUAGUACACCGUGGGACUGGUGCACAAAAAUAAGGGUGUGCAGAGAUCCAAAAGAUGCAUUGCUCCUGACUUCAACCAUAAAUGAAGGCUGCUGAGCUGCUCAGACUCUCCCCAAGCGCCCCCCCCACGUCUCCCACUCCCACCCCAGUGCCCUUGACUAAGAGAGUGAGAAAAGGUAGGAUCACUGAAUCCUCCCUUGUCCUCAAUACCUGCCCCAGGAAAAGGAGGGCUGAAAGAAGCCUUAACUAAAGAAGUCCCCACGGUAAAUACUUACAGUACUGUGAUUUGAAAAAAACUGCUCUGUUCAAACAUACAUUCAGAUAGAAACAUGAUUUAUCCAUUGGUUCCAGCGUAUGGGCCAACAAGUGGAAGCGGCUUGCAUGCAGUUCUAAAUCAGAUGUCACUUCCUCCAAUUUCUAGGAAGCUGCAAGCCAAUGCAGAAUGGAGCUUGGUGACAGAUGCAUUUCAGUCAUCCAUUGGGCUGUUGAGUGGAGCAAAAUCUUGAAUGCGCAUCAAAAUAAUGGUGCCAACUGUGUAAACUGCCCAUUUUUCUCUCAACCCAUGCCGAACCUGCUUAACCUUGACCUUUUUCAUGUUUGAUCUAGAAUCGUUUUUUGUGUCUUUAGUGGGUAGUGAAAAUGUCAGAUACUGAUUUUCAGUUUCCAGGGAAGAUGUAUAGUUUGUUCUAUGGUAUUUCAUUUAUCCCAUGAAAAUACAAGAGAAGUAAGAGAGGUUGCCAUAGUGCCAUAGCACAAAGCUAAAAGGUGCAAUUUUUCUCUCCUUUUGGGCCCGUAAAUUCCGAUUACUGAAACUUUGGUGAAAGAACUCUGCCAUCCUACUUCUAAAGCAGUGAUGAAUAUCGUUCCUAAUGCUUGUAUGCUCCUUCCUUUGUCCAUCAUCAGUUCAUUGUUCUCCCUGUUCACUCACUUAAUCUAUGUGCUGUCCUCCUAGCCACUCUCCCAGCUUGCAAGGUCCAGGAUUUUUUUCACACUUGGCUUUUAGUUUGCAUCUCCGGAAUGGAGUGUGUGUUCACUUAUUGGCCAAAUUUAACCCAAAGUCCUUGUGAGCUAUCAGGGAGCACUUCACAAACAGUUCAGAUUUUUCAUUGCGCAUUAUAGUGUUGCCCGGUUUAUAUCCAGGGUUAAAAAAUCAACUUUUUGUGUCUGUUUGCGGGGGCAACUUCAAACUCGCAGUAAACCUAUGGUAAAGCCUACUGUCUGGGAAAGCUCCAAGAGAGGCACCAAGAUAGGAUGCAAGAGGCACCAAGAUAGGAUGUUAUUGAAGUGGCCAAGAGGAAACCUAAUCUUUUGCCUUCAGGCAAUUGCUCUUUACUCCAGACCAGGAGGCAAUUAAUGAAUUACAUUUCUGUGUGAAAAUUCUGAUUUACUUUGCACAAAACACACACACACACACCCCUACACACUUCUCUGAACCUGAGAAAUCAGUAUUCAGCAUCAAGAAAGGCUGUAUUCUCUGAUCUGUACAAAAUAAGCAAAUUUAUUUUGCAGAAUUCACUUCUGCCACUUUUACUGUUGUGUAUAAUUCUUUGGCUCAUUCUGGGAGGAGCUAUAGAGGGGGCUGAAGCCCACUCUCCCCACCCCCAGACAUUACAGCAAAUCACAAACAUUUUCAAGCUUGAUCUUCACAACAAUAAGGGCUAAGAAACUUGCCUUUAAAAAAAAUAAAGCUUUGAUUCUCAGGAAGCUUAAUUCUGCACUCACCGCCAUGUCACAGACUUUUUCUGUGUUCCCAUAGAAUUGUGGCAUUUGUACAACAUUUGCUUUGCAGAAUAGAAAUAGAGCUUGAAACGUGUCUGCAGUUCACAGCAGGGCCAGAUGAGUUUCUUACCUGACAUAAAAAAACGGUUUGAUGGGCUUAGGCUAGUGUUGUUCAUUGUAAGGCCCUGGAAGUCAGUGGUCACUCCCAUCAAGUGGCUCCCUGACUAAUUGUUUAUGGAGCCUUUGUGAAGCUUCGGUCAAAGCAAAAUACUCUGCACAGUCCCCCGGCAGCAUGUGGAGAUGACCAUUCUCACUGUGCAGGGUUGAACUUUGCCCAGCACCUGGGAGCUCCUUGAAGGGAAACAGAGCCUUCUUGAGCCCCACACCACUUUGGAAGGCAUGCACAGAGUGCCAAGAAGUGCUUUCCUCCUAGAGCUCUUGCGAGAGGGUUCCAUUUCUCUUCAAGGGCCCUCCCAGCACUGAGAAAAGCGCAGAACUUUGUGGAGGUCAGCACAGUGGGAAACGGCUCUCACGGUGAAGGUAUUUUGCUAGAGUGCCCCCCACUUGAAAAAUAGUGAAAAUCACUGGCUUAGGCAGUGGAUGGCACUGGUGAAAAAUAUGAAGUGUAAAUAGAGAGAGAAGGAGAACAUUUCAGCAGUGUGAGGAAGUUGGCUGCCAGGCUGCUUCUCCUUCCAGCCUUGCUCUCUCCAGCAGUUGAACUCUACCUGUAGGACAGGGCAUGUGAUUCAAGAUCCUUUCAGACAGCACAGAAUCUGGUCAGGUGGGUUUUAUGCCAUAGCAUAGUGUGUAAAGCCCUCUCUCAAUCUGUACUGCCCUGCAAAGUAUCUUUUUAUGUGGAAACUGUCCCGCAUACUGCUUCGGUUUGGCACAGUGCAGCCCUAGAGGGCUUCCCUGAUCACACUGCUUGGUAUCACUGUUGUGUAUAGAGAGUAGCAAGGACUUGUACAGUUUGCUAGGCACCAGUGCAUUUUUAAUGUAGGUAUUGAAUGCUUGAUCCCAAGCAGAAUCUCAGAAGAAUCAAGACAUUGCAAACAUUUCAACCCAGAGUUUAGGUUUCUUUACUUAACUACCUCCAGUGUGGGUUUCCAAAUCUUCCAAUCAUGAAGGAGUUAGCAUCUCUCACUGUUCUUUCAAAUUUGAAAUUAGGCUCGAAAUGCAGUAUGAGAGCUUGAAUACUGCUUAGGCACAUCCUUUUGUCUUGUUUAGGCUGAAACUUCUGAGAAAUUUAUUCUUUUCAGGGUUCCAUGAUUUUUGGCUGGCCGUGGUUACCAUGUCAGAAUUGUGGUCAUCUAAGCCUUGCCCUGCUCCUCACCUCCAGAAAGCAGUAAGUGAGCAUGAAGUUCCUUGACUGAGAAUAUGCCAGGAGGCCCCCUACUUUUUCUACUACUAUGAUUAUUUAUAAUGCUGCUUUUCAACAAAAAGUUCUCAAAGUGGUUUACAUAGAAUAAUAAUAAAUAAGAUGGUUCCCUGUCCCAAAAGGGCUCACAAUCUAAAAGGAAGUACAAAGUAGACACCAGCAACAGCCACUGGAGGGAUGUUGUGCUGGGGCUGGAUAGGGCCAGUCAUUCUCCCGGUUAAAUAUAAGAGAAUCACCACUUUCAAAGGUGCCUCUUUGCUCAGUUAGCAGAGGUUCAAGCAAGGUUUUUCCUGCUCAAAACCAAGAAAGGGAGGCACUAAGCAUGCCCAUUUGGGGUGCUCAAGGUGCCAUGACCAAGCAGCAUCUGAAACAGAAAAGAGAGGCGCAGAAGGAAUAGCCAGUUCUUCCCAAUGUCAUCAAGGUACUCCAAGCCCUCUCAACUAAACAAAACCUUGAUGCUAGAGAGGGGAUGGGAAUCACUGGACAACUACCAGGAUGAUCCUUGCCCAUCUCUUCAGCUCCCAUGUUGGGAGGAAAUCUGAGACUCUUCAUAUUCUUCUGCACUCUCCAGAUGGUAGAGUUCACUUGCCAGAGCAAUUGUGGCAAGCAAAAAUGCAGAAGUCAGAUCAUUUUUAUUAUUCUGUUCUAGGUCAAACCAGGGUGUUUCUCUCUGCCAAGGUAGGACACAGACAGCUCUGAGGGGAAAGGGUUCAGGACCUUGGCUAGCUCCAAGCAGGAAUCCACAAGGACUGGGUCUAGCAAAGUGGGAGAGAUGUUGCUCCAGCACGUCUUUGCAGCAGACUGCUUGUUUUUAUUAUUGCUGCUCAGACAGAGUGGAUCGGCCCCUCCUCUACACUAGGAAAAGCUGUUUCUUAAAGGAGCCUUCCCUCAUUUUCUAAAUGCUUGCUUUGGUAACCCAAGGGCCUCUGUUAGGGCUGGCAGGUGCUCGGGGAACUCCAGUGAGUCGGAAGAUGAAGGCAGGUUGUGUGAUUGGGUCAUGUUGAAGUUGCUAGCUUAGGUUUUCUAGGUGUCAAGUAGUCACCUGGGAUCUGGGUCAUCGGAGUCUUCCUACCCUAUCUCAUCCACUGCAUCCUCCAUUUUAGGAUGGUGGGGAGGUCCUAGAUCCAGGGUUAUGACAUUCUUUGCACAUUGGAAGUGCUAUAUGAAACUGUAUCCAUCAUAUCAACAUAGUCAAGUCAUUUAUUCCAAUUUUACAGGCAUGGCACAGUAGCUGAGAUAUUUGGCUUGCCCAUUGCCUCUGUGUGUCCAUGGCCGAGAUGGGCUUUAAAUGCAAUUCUGUGAGGCUUAAAUCUAAUUCUCUUUUGGCCACUUCACAUAGGCAUGUGGAUCACUUGACUCACAACUGCAUGUGUGAACUGACUUUUGAAAAGGGGUUGUGUUUCAGGCCAUUAUGAAAGAUGCAACAUUCUGACUGUGAGCUUGACUGGCUCAUCAACAGAUACAGCAUUUGUUACUUCAAUUAUCAAAUAGAAAAUAUGCUGGCUCUUAUCAAUUGGCCCUUCCUUCCCAGACCCAGAACGUACCUCUUACUAUAACCCGCAACAUGGCUCCAUUGUUUCUGCUUAUAUCUCUCAGGCAACCAGACAGACAGCUUGGCACUUGCACUUUUUUUGUAGUUGCAUAGAAGAGGCAAGUUUGGUAGAAGCCACAUCUCAUGCAAAGGAGAGAAAAGUUGUGCCUGUUGAAAUGUCUUUUCCUGCACGAUUAGUACAGACAACAGAAGGCUUGUAUUUCUUUGCCUCUAGUCAUCCUCUCGUCAAUGAACAAAACAAAAACCCGUACACAAAGAGUUCACUGCUGUGACCCACUUUAGGUCAGGGUGUGACCCACAUGUGAACAUGCUGUUCAUUUAAAGACUUUCUUCAUUAUGUCCUCCCUGUGCAUGAACCUCCCUGUACAUUUGCCUUACAAAAUAUGUAAUAAGCAAGAUUAUAUUUGAGGGCAGAAGAGGGAGCAGAAUGUAUCUAAAUACCUUAGGAGUCCUUAGUCAUAGGUACUGAACUGUGUUCUUUCACAGAGUUGCUUCCUCAGUUCUGCUCUUGCUGAAAAACCAUGUUUUUCCUAUGAAUCUUCAAAGAUCUCAGAUAAGCAACACAUUAUAACAGUGUUUUGUUUGAAAGGCUAUAAGGCGUUAUAAGAAGAAUAGAUUGAACAAAAUGACAAAUGUUGCUUAUACUUAAUGCUUCCUGGUUAGAUCUGGAGUAUGACGCCUUUUACUGUAUUAUUUAAUGCACCCAAUACUUUAAAGAAAAAACCCAUGAUGUGUUUACAUGCUACCUCUGAAAGAUGGCACCACCUUAGAUGCCACACUGGGCUACAAUGUGAUUCCUGUCUCUCUCUCUCCACCCUUCCCCAGGCAAUACAUAGCUUCCAGAAAAUGGAUACUGUUCCUUUUUAUUGUUGUUGCCUAGGUAACUUUACAUUGCAACAUUAGGAUUAUGGGAGGUUUUUAAGUUAUUUUGUUUGGAAAUUAUUUUUGUUGUCCUAAAAUGUUAAUGCUAUGAGAAUGGAUGGUUGAUACGAUAGGCAGCUCCGUGUGUAUGUGUGGCAGAGAGAUCGAUUGAGAAAGUGUGUUUAUGACAGUGAAAUCUGACUACACUGUAAGGGCACAGCUUGCUGGGAACACUUCCUGAGCAUGUCCUGUUGAAUGGGAGUUACACAAGUUCCCCACAGGCUUGUGCCUUAAAGCUAAAAUGGGUAUGAUGAUAAAUAAGCUGGUGCUGUAACUCUUCCCUCUUCUCUUUCUCCUGACUUUUCCAGUAGAGCAGCUUUUGUGGUGCUUGAGUGAGUCCCAGUGCCAAAGGGUUCCUAGCACAGGGCCAGCUUCAGAUUUGCAUGGGCCCGUAUGCACAAUCUUAUCCAUGGAGCAAAACCCAUGAUGUUAGUGUCUAGAGGCCACCUCCAGCCUCAGAGGCUAGAUGCCUCUAAAUGCCAGUUGCAGGGGAGCAACAGCAGGAGAGAGGGCAUGCCCUCACCCCCUGUCUGUGGGCUUCUCAGAGGUGUCUGGUGGGUCAUGUUUGAAACAAGAUGCUGUACUGGAUGGGCCUUGUUGGACCUGAGCUUAUGUUCUUAUGUAACCCUACCCUUGUAAUCAAUUGGGCCCAUUCUCAUGACCAGAGGCUGAGUAGAGAGAACAUCCAGCCAUGCUCCAAGCCUCAUGUGUGCUCCCGAGAUCAGGUCAUGUAUUGGCAAAAAUCAAGGCAGGAGGAUGGGAAAGUGAUCAUGUGCUGGCCACGAUCUGGGUAGAGCAGCAUGGGACACAUUUUCCCUUCAUCCUCAAUACAGUGCUGGGUUGGCCACGGCCAUCCUACCCAGAUUUCCCCUCCUCCUGCCUCAAUUUUUGCUGACACAAUUGAAUCCAGGAUGGGUUCUUGGGAGUGCACACAGGACCUGGAGGCUGGCUGGAUUGCUCCUUAUCCCCAAAUUUGGCCAUGUGAACGAGCUUAUUGUCUUCUUCCCUUUUGAGUUUCCAGCUUUCUAACAGGUGCCUCUCUGCUGAAGGGGGAAAUAACCCCUUCCCUUCUAGACUGUCAUGCUUAGAGUGAUAGGGACUGUGUUUUAAAAUGGAAGGGCCUCUUUCUCCUGUAUUAAACACUCCUGCCCUCAAAAUGGGCACCUCCUUCCCCUCCGGGCCGAGGCCUGACUGGCCCAUCCCUGGCACUACCUGUGCCUAACUAGAAUUCCUGUACACUAUGUUUUAAAGAACAUUCUGGUUUGUGUGUUCUUGCACACCCUUUUUUACCAGCUACAUCAAUGGAUGGGAACUUACUUGUUGUCAAAGGUAGCAUGUAUAAUAUCUGAAUAAUUGCUAUAAAACCCCCACAUUGAGCAUGUAACAGAUUGGCUUUUCAGCACAAGGGGGAAAUGUUGCAACUUUAAAAUGCUCCUUCUCCUCGGCAAUUUUUCCUUGAAAUAAAAUUCAUUGGCAUGAAACAGCCUCUUGAAAUGGUGAAUUAGCUCCCCUUCUCUGCCUAGAACAUUUGGAGUGCAGGAGUUAAAGCAGGUGCUUAACUGAAACGAAAAACACCACUUGAAUGAAAUACUCUUUUCUUAGCAGACAAGAGAACAAGACAGACUUUCCAACAUAAGUGGCUUGCUCUGGAGUCUUUUUGCACUUAGAAAUAUGUGGUUGGGAUUGUGACCCCACUUUUUCAGGCGCCAUGACUCCAAACACAACUUGGCUGUUGAACAAUUAGGCCCAGUCCCAGUGAAAAAUGAUCACACAAUUAGAUGCUUCAGUCAUGUUGGUUUUAGUAGGUCUUGGACACUGUGAAGGUUAUCUGGAUUGUGCCUGGGGACAUUGCACUAAUGCAAGGGUAGGCAACAUUGGCUACCCCUGAGAGCCAAGGUUGUGCCCUGCACUAAUGCGAUUGUUUCAGCGAGGCUUUCAUGUAAAACAAUUCAGUCACACUUGCACCCUUUUCUAUUUUACCAGUUUGGUACACACAUAUACACAAAAUGGGACUUUAAAUUCUUACACCUACUAAGAAGCAGGGAAGGGAAAGACAAGAGCAUGUACCUCUUACAGCCCUGGCCUAGUGCUGGGGUUUUGCCCUCUGAACAGAUGUUGUACAAACACUUGUGUGCCAGUUGAAAAGUCUGCCCCUCCCUCUCCACCCCAACACAACUAUGGAAUGUGGUCCCAAAGGUUUUGGGUGGCUAGAAGAGCAAUGGUCAUCAGUUUGUGCCUCCUUCUAGCUGAGAAUGCUUCCCAUGGCACAAGGUGAUGAAGAGGAAGGAAGACAAGGAGUUGUAGUGCAUGAGCCUGCUGGGGUGGUGGGUACCAUUGUGCUGGGGGCAGGCAGGACAUAAAUGCUCAUGGUGAUUUUUGACAAGGUCUACACCCCUUGAGAUGGGAAAGAGGUGAUCGCAUUGCCGGACUUCCAGCUUUCAGUGUGUUACCAUGCUUGUAUUGUGACCAUUGAGCCUGCAGCGGCCACAUUUGCAAUGGGGUUUUAGAAGCUUUCAAAAGUUUUAAAAACACCAACUACUCUAAAAUUGUACUGACGUUGUCAGAGGAAUGGAAAUGACAAUUGGCGGGAAUGUCCUCCAAAGAUUACUCCAUGGAGAGAGGACAACAAUUUGCUUAUCAUUAGCCUGAUCCUUUCCUCCAUGCAAAAAUGACGAAUUGUUGGGGGUAGGGAUAAUAAAAGGUGAUCAGAAAGCUGUAAGCUCAAGAAUGUGAUUGUCUAUUUUCCAUCUUGGGGCGGGGGAGACUUUGCCAAAAAUCACCAGGAGCAUUCAUCCCCUGAGAUGGUACCAGGGGCAUAGCUAGGAGAGAGGGGGCCUGUGUUCCCCCCCCCCCCCAGUGGCCCCUUGGAGUAAGGGAGAUAAUGAAAAUAGGGAGGAGUAGAGCUGGAGGGCCCUCCGGAGCUGGGCAGCCCUGGAUUCAUUGAACCCAUCUGCUCAAUUAUAGCUACCCUGGAUGGUACCAAUGGCCAAAAUUUGGCUCAUGGACUAUUAACAACAGAACAAUGCUGUGUGAGCUUCUUCUCCUUUCAGCUGCUUGUAUUGCUGUCAGCCUCUUCCACUGGCCAAGAAUUUAGUGGGUGCCGUCCUUGAAUGUGUGCAAUGUGUAAAGAGCAGGAGACUACAGAUGAACUACGUGUUGUCAUUCUCUUGGGUUGGUGAAUAUCCAAACACAAAACCUUCCACCAUCUCCCUGCCCACGUCCCUGCCUGAUAUCCAUUAUUUUGCUUGCUAAUUCCCUAACUAGUCACAUGCCAAACCAGUGUGGAUCAAAACCGAACACACUGUAGAAGUGUUUGCAAUGAAUUCUCUUUCACGGUUCAGUGUUAAGGCCCUAGGUAUACAUUGGCAGCUGCACGGAUGACCCCAAGAUGAAGCAGUCCACGUGAUCUAGGCAUGGAAGCUACGCUUGUAAAGUUUCUCCACUCUUUUUGCUAUAGUGACACUUCAAUUUUUGUUGAAGCUUAUUCUACUGAAGGUUUUGAGUGUGUGUGUUUUUCUAAGCAAAUAAACUGGUAUGUUAUUCAAAUGUGCCAAUGAAGUCUAUGUAAUUAUCUUUAGUAUAAUGUCCUUUUGGCCAGUUUGACAGGUUUUUUGUAAACUUAGUGUGGUUUAAAACUGAAUUUCUCUGUGAAACUCAGUAUUUAUAUUGCAGUUUUAUGACAUGUAAAUGGUUAUGUGUAGCAAGAAGACUAUGACAGAUAUUUAACUUGAGUACCUCCACUGCAAUCCAAGACAGAUAAUCUUGGCUUAUUGGAAAUAUGGAUUCUAUCCAUUUGUAUUGAUCUUGUUCCAGUGUAUAUAUAAGAAUAUUUAUAAUCUUGUAUUAACAAAAUCCAUCUCUCACACACAGAAACAUUUAUUUCCUUCAUUAGAAAUCUGCUCAGCUAUUUUUAUAUAAAAUGUUCUCUGCCUUAACUUUUUUUGUGAAAAUUUGUGCCAUAGAGUUUUUUAACUUAUAGCUUAUCAAGACUUUGGUUCAAAUUGUAAGUAAAAUAUGAACAUUUAUAUUUUGGUUAUUGGAUAGUUUCAAAUUCAUCCAUAUUGUUCAAUUGUUCUUCAAAUGUAUCUGUCCUCUGUAGCUGCAUCUUUUCUUUCUUUCUUACUGUUUCUCCCUUUUUAAAAAAGCUUUUGCAUCCACAGUGAAAUGCACGCUUGAAUAAUUCUAGGAAUUGUCAUUGAUUGAUUUUUUUCCCCUCAGUUUACCAGACAUAGUUUGGCAAAACCUUAAUUAAUAAAUUGAGUUUCUUACAAAAGUGUAUCUGUUAGGUCAAAUUGGUCAGAGUAAAGGGCUAAUUACCUUUGUCUAAUUACACUCAAGGAUAUUUUUCUACAUCUACCAGAUCUGAAAGACUGGAAAAAUUCAAUAAAGGAUAAGUGAUUCGUUUUCCUA